GUUGUUAGUAGUGUUUUGUAAAGUUGAAGCAGAUGUCAAGCAUUGGAAUAACAUUAUAAUAUCGGUGUUUUGAAUUAAUCUUACAGUUUGUGUUUGUGGUUCAUCGAUUUGUAAACAAGCGAACAAUUUUCAAUACAGACUACAUUUUAAUAUUUUCCCCGAGGCAUUCUUUUGAAAAACAUCACUGAAUGACUGUAAUUAGUGUAUAAAGUAAUUCUAAAAUGAAAAUACAAACGUGGAGAUGUUUGUCCUUGUGGAUGCUCACCAUGCUAUAUGCUUCAGCUAUGGCUAGUAAAUUGUCAAAACGAAGCCCAAAUUCAGCAAUUACUGACGAUAUUAUUGAGAUGGAUGAUGGUGUUCAAAUUGUACGAGUCACACGUGCUACACCAGUCCUUCCGCCAGGUGUUACAGAUGACACUCCAGAUUUGGACAGGGUGAUGGUAAUGCUUGAUAUAACUCCUGAACUGUAUGGUGAUUCGGCCUCUCGCGCUUAUGAUAUUUCAAAUGUGUUUGGAGGUCUAAUUAUGAACACUGCACGUAGAUUUGCAGCGUUCGUACAAUAUUUCAAGCCACUUUUACAAAAAUCUCUAACUGUGAAGGGUCUAUAUCCACCACCACCAACAACAACCCGCCCGCCACAGACUACAACGACAACAACUGAAUCUAAUGAUAUUUAAGUACACUUCUACUCUACAAAUAUAUUUAAUAAAACCAAUUUUA